GCUCCCGCUUUCUUCGCCUUUUCUUUCUUUUCCUUCUUUUUUUUUUUAGUUUCUUCUUUUUUCCCCCAGAAGAGGCGCGGCGGGCGGAGGGGGCCGGGGGGGCCGGGGCUGCCCGCCCCCGCCCGCGGCUCCGGAGGCGCCGGCGCCGGGAAGAGCCGCCGGCGGAACGGGGACCGGCCGGGAGCCCCGGGCCGGGGAGAGCCGGCGAGGAGGAGGAGGGACGGGACGGUCGGUGCGGCGGCCCCCGGCGCCUCUGCCAUUUCCUGGGAAACAUGGAUGCCGGGUCACUGGAUGCGGCGGUGCAAAGUGCUCUCCAGGCCCUCUACCCGCCCUUCGAAGCCACAGCUCCCACCGUCCUGGGCCAGGUGUUUCGGCUGCUGGAGACCAGCUACCAGGGGGAUGGGCUCUGCUGCCUGCUCCAGUUCCUCAUCCCGGCCAAGCGGCUCUUCGAGCGCCUGCGGCAGGCGGCCUGUGCUCCCUACUUUAACCGCAUCUUUCUCCAUGAAGGCUGGCCCUUAUGUCUGCACGAAAAGGUGGUUGUGCACCUCGCACCGCUCAACCCCCUCCUGCUGCGCCCUGGGGACUUCUACCUGCAAGCAGAGCCCUGUGAGGAGCACACAGCACGUGUCACCAUCAAGCACCUCUCCCUGGACCUGCGCUCCGUGGAGGAGACACCUGUCCCCGAGGCCACCCACGCUCUGCUCUUCACCAAUGCAUGGCUGGAGGAGGUGAACAGCAGCUGGGCCGGAGCUCCCCUGCACACCUGCCUGGUGGCCACUGAGAACGGUGUCACCCCACUGCCAUGGAGCCGGAUUGCCACGCCUGAGUUCACCGACAAGCCCAGGGCUGGAGCUGAUAGUGUACCCCCUGGUGCCUGGCAUGAACCUGCUCCUGAGACUGCACCUGUCACACUUGUGCCCCAUGGCACAGCAAAUGUCCCCAUACCCUACAGCAACAUUGUGGGCACCAUCCCAGGCUGCAAGGCCACCUCUCGGAAGUCAAGCCAGGGUCGAUACCCGGGACUGAUCAAGGUGGAGCAGGCAGGUCUGCGGAAGAAGCCGGCCACGCUGGCUGUGCCCAGUCUCAGUGAAAUCAUCAGCCAGAACCUGGAGGGGGAGUAUGUGGACCUGCUGGAGCAAUCCCAGGAGGACUUGGACGUCCUGACCACAUCCCUGUUGCCCACCUGCCUUCCAGGGAGCAUAAGGGCUGGGGCUGAUGAGAUGCUCCCCUGGGCAAAUGGGGGAUCAGGAGCAGAUUCUUGGCCCUGUGGGGGAGCACUGAGCUCAGAGGAGAGUCCCUGCAGCCCGUGCCUGGGGAGGAAGAUAAGCCAAGAGCCAGGGUCACAUGGCCCAAAGUGCCGCCAACGUGACUCCUACAUGGCCGCGCUGCAGAACCCGGUGAGCUUCGGCUCUGGGCUGAUGGCAGCCAUCCUGGAGGAGCCAGAUAGCCCUGGCUCCGAGCUGCCCCCUGCCACCCCCCGUGAGACCCCCGCGCAGCACAGGAAGGGGGCUGGCAGCCCCAUGCUCCUCACCCACCAGUCCCGCCGAGCGACUCCUGGGGUGUCAGGGCGAGGGGGGUUGGUGCAGCGGGGCAGCCCCCGGCUGCCCCCAGGUUCCAGCCACAAGUUCUCCUUCCUGAAGGGCACGCGGCACAGGGCAGCCCCCGAGGAGGAAAGAGUCAGCAGCCAGCACGAGGGGGCCUGGAAGAAGAUGUCGGCCAUCUACUCGCCCAGGAUGGGCAGAGCCAGGGCAGCAGGGAAAGGUACGAAUGCAGCCACUGCUGCUCCUGUGGAGGAACGGUCUCUGGAAAGUUCCAGCUGCAAGAAUGGUCCCUCUGUGCCCAGCACUGGCACUGCUGGUCGGGAGCCUCCAGCCUGGCAGGACCUGCAUGCUGGGCUGCUGCGCUCAGGCAUCAUCUGCCUGCCAGGGAGUUCAGACAGGCUGGGCAGGGCCCUCCUCCUGGUGACCACCAGUGGCAGUGCCUGGCGGGCUGCGUGGUGCUCAGCUGCCGAGCUGGCAAGGCUCAUCCUCUGCCUCUCCUCCCUCCCCAGGCAAGAAGUGAAGAAUGGUGAGAGGCGAGAAGCGAAGGAUGUUGGGCUGACAGUUGUGGUGGAUGCCAGGAAGCAGCCACCCGCUCCUGUCCUGUUCUCAGCCCUCCGCUCUGUCCAGAGUGUGUCUCCAGGCUGCAUUCACAGCAUGCUGCUCCUGGCUGAGAAGGAGCUGGUCUCCCACCGUGAGAAGCUGUCUGGGGUGCAGGUGGAGACUCUGACAUCGCUGAAGGCUCUGGGCCGCCACGUCGACAGCUCCCAGCUGCCCCCAGAGCUGGACGGUGCCUUCCCCUACUGCCACGGCGAGUGGGUUCAAUUCUUCCAGAAGCUGCAGCCCUUCACAGCCAGCCUCAGGCGGGCAUCAGAGCUGCUGCAGCACUGCAUCCAGGAGCUGCGGAACACCGACGCACUGGCUGGGACACAGGAUGCAGCUGCAGGCAUCAGGAGGCACCAGGAGCUGAUGCAGAAGGUGCUGAAUGACCCUCAGCUGGUGCGGGUGCAGCGCGAGGGGGGAUUCCUGCUGGCCAGGCUGCGCAGGGAGGCUGCCCGCCUCUGCGCCUCUGACCACAUCAGGACCGGUAUGGAGUUGGCUGAGGGGCUGUAUAGUCAGCUGGAGGAAGAACUUCACAGCCUUGUGUCCCAGUCCAACAGCUGCCUGGAGCACCUGCAGUUCCUCCGCAAGGUCCGGGAGCUUGAGACUGAGUUUGGCAAGUUGGGGUCCUGGCUGGAUGGGGAGGCAGCAGCUCGGCUGCAGGAGAUGGGCACCGAGGACUGGAGUCCCGACAGCUGCCAGGGCUCCACCGAGCACUUCACGGAGUUCCUCACCCAGGCCACAGCUCGGUACCACCAUGGCCUGACUCUGUGCCAGAAGGCAGCUGAGGUCCGAGGCAGGACGUUCCCCGAGGCAGAUGCUUUCCAAGUGUCUGCAGCCCUUUUCCAGACAAAGCUGAUGAGCUUCUCCCAGCAGCUGGAGCGGCGGCAGGCAGAACGGGAGCUGCUGCAGGAGCUCGUCCGGUUCUCCAACAAGGUGGCAGGGCUGAAGCUGGACUGCCGGCAGUGCUCAGCCCGGGCGCAGCGCGGGGAGGGCCAGGCACUGCGGUGCCUGCAGAGAUCCUUCCAGAAGCUCUCGGUGGAGUUCGCCCUGGAGAAGCUGAAGGAGAUGAAGGCUCAGGUGCGCAGGAUGCAGAGCAGCCAAGGGUUGGCAGCCUGGACAGAGGCACAGCACAGGUACCAGGAGACCCGGCAGAUCCUGGAGGAGAUGCUGGCUGAACUGCAGGAGGCCUGGGGAGCACAAGCUGACGGGCAGGGAGACUCCUCCAGCCCCCCCAGCCCAGGGUCUGCAGCUCCUCACAUGGAAGUCCCUGUGUGCAGAGCAGCCUCCAGCCCCGAGCCAGCAGUGUUGGGGGGCAGGGAGUUGGCAGAGCAGCCAGAGACCAGCACUGAGGGGCCAGGACAGCCCCAGGGGCCGGGACAGUCCCAGCCCAGCACCAAUCCUGGCUCCACGCUGGGUGUGGAGCAGAGCUCUCUGCAGCCCCACUGCCGGCUGGAGCCUCAGGGUGCCCGCGCCUCUCACCACCACAUCUCUGCUGACACCCCCCAUGCCAAACCCAAGAGCAAAGCCAGCCUGGGAGUGACAGGACACCAGGCCCAGGAGCGCAGCCAGCCCCGUCGGAGACGUCCCGUCACCCUGCCUCCCUGGACACGCUUCCCAGGAGCUGACCCACCGUGUCCUACUGCUGUGCCCCAUGGAACAGCCUCAGACCCCAGCACAGCUGGUGCACCAGUGGGGCCACAGGCAGAAGCUGCCCAGUACUUCCAGAUUUCCAGCCAGAGCAGUUUCUCCUCUGAAGACUCAGAUUCACAGAACUCCAUGGAAGAAGUCCCAGCAGCAAGCCUGGCUUUGCCCAAGGACCUCCAGAGUCCCAGAGCACCCUGCCCAUCCGAAAAGGCCCACCAGAUCAUUUACCUGGAGAACCACCACACUGAAAGUUCAGCUAAAGCAAAUGCCAAGUAACCAGUUCUUCCAGCUGGGGCUGUUUCUGUCCAACUGCAUAAGUCUUGAUCACAGACUGGAUGAGACUUCCUAUGCUCAGAGGUGGGAUGCUGGAACUUCUUACCCCACCCUCAGUGCCAGAAUCUUUGGUUCCCUGUUCUACCUGCCAUGGAUCAGCAGUAAUUCCAUCACCAGCUCACAGGGUUCAUUCACAAUCUACCAGAUGUGUAGCAAUCCUCCCAUAAAGUGCCUUUAUCCCUACCAGUGCCAGCCUUGUCUCAGGCAGUGGGGAGGGUUCCCACAUUAGAAGCUGUGCCUGGAGCAUCCUAGGGGAGUGCAGACCUGUGAGAUGUUCCGGUCACUCACUGUACUCCCUGCUCCACUGGAUGAUUUUACCAUCCCUGUGCUGCUGCUGCAGCCCUGGCUGAGCCCCAGCAGUGGGCCCUGGGUUUGUGUGUGCUCAUUAGCACGGGACUAACUCCAUUAACAUUAAUAAACCUGAAGAGAAGCACCUGGAUGGUCCUCAUGGAGGAGAGUGGGAAGUUGUGUCCUGCUGAGAGCCAGCUGCUGGGGUUCACACCCAGGUUCCAACUGUUCCAACCAUCCCAGCACAGUGCCCACAGGCAUCUGGUGGCACCAAGAAUGCCCCCUGUGCCCCCUGCAUGGGCUGUGCCCACAGCCUGGCUCUCCUACUUGCUGCCAGCACCUUGGCCCUGCUCAAAGGACCCUUUUGUAAGGGUUAAGUGCCGCAGUCUCCUGUUCUCCCACCCAGUGCAUGAGCACAGUGGUGUCAUCCUGCCCAGCCUCCCCACUCUGUUUUGGGAACGCACUGUCCUGAAGCCUUUGGGACCCGUUUGGUCUGGGUGCGACCCUGCCGAUCCCAGUCCAAAGCAGCCCGAGGUCCCCAGAGACCCUGUCCCCGCAGGCACAUCCCUGCUCUGCCUGUCCGGGCAGCCGGGAGGGGGUGAUGGCAGGCGGGACCCUGAAUGGCCGGGCCAGGCACUGACCGGCCGCCCCCCUGGGCAGCCACAGCAUGAGCUAAUCAAGAGACAUCAGAGGAGAAGCGAUCUCUGCCUUGGAGGCUGUUCCAGAAAAACACACUCCUCCUCCCAGCCCAGGGCGGUCAUGGCUCGCACCCUGCGGGAUGCUGCGCCUCGGCAAAGGGCACUCGCCCAUCCCAGUCUGGCAGAGCAUCACUCAUACCCCCCUCAGCCUUGUUUUUGCCAGAUCCCGAAGCCAAGCCCCGCUGAGCUCCUUACGGCCCCAGCUGCCCCCCGCAGGCGCCACGCUCCUCCUGUCUGGGUCAUUACUGAAGCAUUAGCGGGACCGACCCCGGCCCUGCCCUGUCGCAGGACCUCUGCCUGUCACCACUCCUGGUCCUACCCAAUUGUCUGCUCUUUACUUCUCCCUACAAUUUUUUUAGACUUCAUCUUCCCCAGCUCAACACUGAUUUCCCUACUGACAAUCCUGUCCCUGCUCCACUUAAAUCCUGGCUGCUGAGUCCAUCCCAUUCCUUUUGGUUUAAAAGAGCCCAGACAGGUCUGCACAGCCUGUCCUGUGGAGCCUAGAGUUCGUUCCAUUCUCCAAUAACGCCACAUCCUGAGUGGCACCAAGGUCACUGAGCCAGGACAUUUCUACCUCUUCGUGGUAUGUCCCUGCUCCCCGUCCCCAUGCCCUGCAGCUGCGUGUGCUCAUGUGGCCAGUGCAAACCGUGCCCACCUGGAUGGGACCCAGCUCACUGCCAGAGCCAAAAACCUUUUCUCCCUCCAGCAUCAUUCCAAGCCAAGCCUGACAGUUCCCUUGCUCAAUUUUCCACUCUGUUAAGAGCUGAUCUGCUGUAUCCCCCCCCAUUACAGCUUUUAGGUUGGAGAAAUAGCACUUUCCAGUGAGAAGGAGAGUCAUUUUUCAAACCAGAUGGAAUUAUGAUUCUUCCGAAUAAAGCAAACAGUGACUUUC